CUCUUUAUCAAAUCUGCCUCUUUCUUCUCCCCCUUUUCUCUAGGGUUUCAUCAUCUAAAAUCCAAAUCCAUUUCAAUGGCGGACGUACCAGUGGCUCCUUCAACACCUCAUCACCAACAAUCUCCACCUUCCGCCGCUUCUCUCGGCCACAACGUGAUUCCGAUCGUGAACAAACUGCAAGACAUAUUCGCUCAAAUCGGAACCAAUUUCAAUCCAAUCGAGCUCCCUCAGGUUGCGGUUGUAGGUUGCCAGAGCAGUGGUAAAUCUAGUGUACUCGAAGCUCUUGUAGGCCGUGACUUCUUGCCUAGAGGUUCUGGUAUUUGUACACGCAGACCACUCGUGCUUCAGCUUGUUCAGAUUGAUGCUACGGAUGAAGAGUAUGGAGAGUUCUUGCAUGUUCCAGGAAAGAGGUUUUAUGAUUUCGAUGAGAUUCGCAGGGAAAUUCAGGCUGAGACUGCCAGGGAAGCGGGAGGAAACAAGGGUCUCUCCGACAAGCAAAUUCGUUUAAAGAUUUUUUCACCUAAUGUUCUUGACAUAACUCUGGUCGAUUUACCCGGCAUAACAAAAGUUCCUGUUGGUGACCAACCUUCUGACAUCGAAUCUCGUAUCAGAACAAUGAUAAUGUCCUACAUUAAACUCCCCACCUGUUUAAUACUGGCUGUGACACCAGCAAAUUCGGAUCUUGCCAACUCAGAUGCACUUCAGAUCGCCGGAAACGCUGAUCCAGAUGGUUACCGAACAAUCGGUGUGAUAACAAAGUUGGACAUUAUGGACAGAGGUACAGAUGCUCGCAGUUUUUUACUGGGAAAAGUGAUUCCCCUCCGACUUGGUUACGUUGGUGUCGUAAAUCGUAGUCAAGAGGAUAUUAUGCUUAAUCGGACGAUUAAAGAUGCACUUGUGGCUGAGGAAAAAUUCUUUCGCAGUCAACCGGUUUAUAAUGAUCUAGCUGAUCGUUGUGGAGUGCCCCAAUUGGCAAAGAAGUUGAACCAGAUUCUAGUUCAACAUAUAAAAAAACUGCUACCAGGGUUGAAAUCACACAUUAGUGCUACAUUAGUCUCCGUGGCAAAGGAGCAUGCUAGUUUUGGAGAGCUUAUAGAGUCAAAGGCUGGCAUGGGAGCUCUUCUUUUAAAUAUUCUAUCAAAGUAUUCCGAAGCCUUCUGUUCAAUGAUUGAGGGAAAGAAUGAAGAGAUGUCUACAUCUGAGAUAUUCGGAGGAGCAAGAAUACACUAUAUUUUCCAGUCACUAUUCGUAAAGCGUUUGGAGGAGGUUGAUCCAUGUGAGGACUUGACUGAUGAUGACAUUCGAACCGCUAUACAUAAUGCAACUGGUCCUAGAUCCGCGUUAUUUGUGCCAGACGUUCCUUUUGAGGUUCUGAUUAGAAGACAAAUUGCCCGUUUGUUAGAUCCAAGUGUUCAAUGUGCAAGAUUUGUUUAUCACGAGUUAAUCAAGAUGAGUCAUCGAUGUAUGGUACAUGAGCUACAACGGUUUCCCGUUCUUAGAAAGCGAAUCGAUGAUGUUACUGGGAAUUUUUUACGAGAUGGUCUUCAACCUUCCGAGACGAUGAUUGGGCACAUUGUUGAAAUAGAGAUGGAAUAUAUAAACAGCUCGCAUCCGAAUUUUAUUGGUGGAAGUAAGGCUGUCGAAAUUGCAAUGAAGGAAGUCAAGUCUUCUGAGGCUGCAACAGUUCAAAAGCAUAAGGAUGUUGCUGAGACCGACAAAGCCCAACAAUCUGAAAGAAGUAUCAAGUCACGCUCAUUUCUUGGCCGACAAGGCAAUGGAAUCGCCACAGAGCAGCAUAAUCAAGCUGGGUCCCAGCCAGCUGGUGAGGUUGAGAAACCGAUAUCUGGAAGCACAAGCUGGGGGAUCUCAUCAUUUUUCGGUGGGUCGGAUAGUCGAACGUCAACCAAAUCGAGUUCUGCAAACAAGCCGUUUAGUGAACCUGCUCAUACCAUGGAUCAUAUGGAUUAUUCAUCUUCAAUUAUCCAUUUGAGGGAGCCACCAACAGUUUUGAGACCCUCUGACGUCAAUUCAGAUCAAGAGGCUAUCGAGAUUCAAGUUACAAAAUUAUUGCUGAGAUCAUAUUACGAUAUUGUCAGGAAGAACAUUGAGGACUACGUGCCCAAAGCCAUCAUGCACUUCCUGGUUAACCAUACAAAAAGAGAGUUGCACAAUGUGUUCAUUAAGAAGCUAUACAGAGAUGAUUUAUUCGAACAAUUGUUGCAAGAACCGGAUGAUAUUUCUGUAAAGAGAAAGCGGACACGUGAGUUGCUGCAUGUUCUCCAGCAAGCGUUUCGGACACUGGAUGAACUGCCACUAGAAGCGGAGACAGUGGAAAGAGGCUACAGCUUGACCAAUAAUGAUACAAUGGGUCUCCCUAAAGUUCACGGUUUUCCUACAUCAACAUCGUAUCCUGCUGAUGCUAGUCGUUCGAUGGACUCUUACAACACCGCUUCACCAAAGAAUCAAAGAUCACUUGAGUCCCAUUCAGAACAUAGUGAAUUACCUCGAGGAGGGAUCUUGAUGUUUGGAUGUGUGAGAACAAAGUCACCCGUCGAAUGAUCCAAAGUGAACGCGUGUGCGCCAGAACCGAAGCUGGUGCAAAGUAUGGUGGCCGAUGAAUAAAGAACGUAGCCGGCAGCAAUAAGCCUACUGCCACUCUGCAACGAGUUUAGCAUUCCCUUCUCUUCCACUGGAAGACUGUCGAGUUCAAUCAACCGGUUAUAAAUCCCAAAAAUGGUUCCAGUUGGGAUAGAAGCGUCAAUAUUACGAGACCCGUCUAGAGGAUCUGUAACCACCACAAAAGGGCCAUCAUCGGUUAUCCAAACAGGAGCGUCGUCUUCUUCGGAAGCCAUGACUGCAACUUUUCCAGAGUUUCUUAAACAAGAUAAGAGGAUCUCGUUCUGGGAAUAUAGAUACAAUUUAAUUCAGUGUUCACUGGAAAGCGUACGAAUUUGUCUUUUACGUUUUUUGUGAUAAAACACCCGAUCAGUUUAAUCACAUAAAACAUAUUGUUUGAGAAACAUAACAAAAAUAACCAGGUUAAACAGGCCACUCACCCGUUUAGCUUGAGAGACAACAGAAAGAAUAGCAAACUUACAGAAACAAUGUCAAGCGGUUUAGGUUUAUCUCUACCGGACCCCACAUCUCCACCAUCGCCGGAGCUUUUCCCAAGGCUAGAAUUAACCGGAGAAGCAACCAGAGCCGCAAUUCUUUUAAACGCAUACUCUAAGUGACUGUACAAAACCACCAAAUCAUCACCCACAUCCGCCCCUCCUUUGCCGGCAAACUCCGUAACAGUAACAAACGCAUCGCUGUUGUUGUCUGCUUUUGAAUUAAUCUUAAACCUACCGACAGAGGUGG